CCAAGCAGAAGCAGGCGUUGCACUGUCAGUUGUCAUCAGGUUUGCAAUCAGAUUGGAAAAGCUGAACUUGAAGCUUCCUGCCUGCAGUGAGGCCGAGAGAUACCUAUUGCUCACAUAAUAAAAGACAUGAGCUUCAACGUGACUUUCCACCUUUCCUACAAAUUCCGAUUACUGUUGCUUUUUACUUUAUGCCUGACGGUGGUUGGGUGGGCCACCAGUAACUACUUUGUGGGUGUUAUUCAAGAGAUUCCUAAAGCAAAGGAUCUCAUGGCUAGUUUGAACAAGGGUGUAGUUUUGGGGAAGAAAGGAACUGUGAUAGAGGAAGCCUCUGUGAAAAAAGCAAACCUUGACAACUGCCCUUCUGUGUCUCCACACCUCAAUCUCACUCUGGAAGAAGUACAGGCAGAAAACCCCAAGGUGCACAGAGGCCAGUAUCAUCCUGAGGAAUGCAGGGCGUUGCAGCGGGUCGCCAUCCUCAUCCUUCACUGGCACAGAGAGAAGCACCUGCUGUACCUGCUAGAACACCUUCACCCCUUCAUGCAGAGGCAGCAGCUGGCGUAUGGCAUCUACGUCAUCCACCAGGCCGGAAGUAAAAAGUUUAAUCACGCCAAACUCCUGAACGUAGGCUAUCUAGAAGCUCUCAAGGAUGAAAGUUGGGACUGCUUCAUAUUCCAUGAUGUGGACCUGGUGCCUGAGAACGAUUUGAACCUUUACAAGUGUGAGGAUCAGCCCAGGCAUCUGGUGGUUGGCAGGAACAGCACUGGGUGCAGGUUACGUUACAAUGGAUAUUUUGGGGGUGUUACUGCCUUAAGCCGAGAGCAAUUUUUAAGAGUAGAGCUUCUUAGAAUGAAAAUAACCCGGCCACUGCCUGAAGUGGGUAAAUAUACUGUGAUCUCCCACAAGAGAGACCAAGGCAAUGAGGUGAAUAUAGAACGGAUGAAACUCUUACAUCAGGUGUCACGUGUCUGGAGAACAGAUGGGUUGAGCAGUUGUGAUUAUAAAUUAUUCUCUGUGGAUUAUAACCCUUUAUAUGUCAACAUCACAGUGGAUUUCUGGUCUGGCCCAUGA